AUGGAGACCAUGCAUGAGAUCAUCCCAUUCGCCAAGGAGAUGCUGAGUGCAGGGCCCUCCAAGGGCUCCAUGAAGAUUUACCUGGUGGGUGGCACCUUUGCCGUUCUGGGCAUGGUCAGCGGGAUGAUGGAGGUGGCCUGCUCGCUCUUCCCCGAGCAGGACGAGCCCGUCCUAGAGAAGCUGGAGGAGAUGGUCCCGGUGACGGAGAAGGCCCAGGAGGCCCAGACCGCCAUCCCCGAGCCAGACGACAUGGAUGCUGAGAUGGAAGCCAAGGCUAAGGAACUACCCAUGCUCAGGCAGCGGCGCAUGAGCUUCAGAGCACACGCCUCAUAAACAGCACACACUCCGCCGCUACACGUACUCAUGCACUUAGCCUGGAACAGAGACGAGUUCUGCCUUUGCACUGAGGGAUUCUUACGCAUGCCUGACGGAGAGGAAACGGAAAGUGUCUGUUGGGAUUGAAUGCUGCUGAGCAGCGCAAGUUGCUGGAAGUAUCGGAAGCUCCAUGUUAUCAAAUGUUACGUAUCAGAUGAUGUAAUGAUGUAUUGAUUUUCUACUGGGUGAACGUUCGUUAUUUAUACAGGAUGUAUUAAAGUCUUUAUAGAAUGUGCUUAAGUCUGACUGCCAAUGAAUAAAGUAUAGUUUCCUGAAA